CUGCAGCUCUUCCCUGUAAAUAGACAACUACUAAUCAGAAUCACUGCGCCUACAGCUGAGAGCCAGACUGAAGAAGCGAGUGAAUCAAUGGAAAAACCUUGUAACUUCAAUCUUCAUUUUCUCCUUCUUCAUCUACUAUUCCUUUCUUUACUUCUAGGCCUCACGAAUUCAACGACAGCGCCGAACCAAGAUGAGCAAUCCAGGAUCAUAUCAAGAUUCCAAGAAUACCUCCAAAUCAACACAGCCCAACCAUCCCCAGACUAUCAAAAAUCAACCCACUUCAUCCUAUCCCAAGCUAAUUCCAUCUCCUUAGAGUCCCAAGUCAUAGAAUUCGUCAAAGGCAAACCAGUUGUUCUCCUCAAGUGGCCCGGCUCCGACCCUUCACUUCCCUCUGUACUUCUUAACUCUCACACCGAUGUCGUCCCCUCUGAAUAUUCAAAGUGGGUCCAUCCUCCUCUUGGGGCCCACAUCGAUGGAGAAGGCAAUAUCUUUGCCAGAGGCACCCAGGAUAUGAAGUGCGUUGGCAUGCAGUAUCUGGAGGCUAUUCGCAGGUUGAAGUCUUCUGGGUUUCACCCAAAACGGUCUCUUUAUUUGUCGUUUGUUCCUGAUGAGGAGAUUGGUGGCCAUGAUGGUGCUGAGAAGCUAGCUUACUCUGAUAUCUUCAAGGAUUUGAAUGUUGAUGUAGUGCUUGAUGAAGGGUUGGCUUCGCCCGAUGAGAAUUAUAGAUUAUUCUAUGGGGAGAGGACUCCAUGGUGGCUGGUGAUAAAGGCUACUGGAGCUCCUGGACAUGGAGCGAAGCUUUACGACAAUAGUGCAAUGGAGAACCUUUUCAAGAGCAUUGAGAGUAUCAGGAGGUUCCGGGCUUCGCAGUUUGAUUUGGUCAAGGCAGGUUUGAAGGCUGAAGGAGAAGUCAUUUCGGUUAACAUGGCCUUUCUGAAGGCUGGCAUACCUUCUCCCACUGGUUUUGUCAUGAAUUUGCAGCCAUCAGAAGCAGAAGCUGGUUUUGAUAUUCGAAUACCACCAACUGCUAAUGCAGAAUCAUUGGAGAAACGGAUAGUUGAGGAAUGGGCUCCUGCUUCACGAAACAUGACAUUUGAGUUUAAGCAAAAGGGAACUCUACAUGAUAACCUGGGAAGACCACUACAAACUGCAAUUGACAAGUCUAAUCCAUGGUGGACUCUGUUGGAAGAAGCUAUCAAGAAAGCUAAUGGAAAGAUUGGGAAGCCUGAGAUAUUUCCUGCCUCAACAGAUGCUCGCUAUUUUCGGCAACUGGGCCUGCCAGCUAUUGGUUUUUCACCUAUGGCUAACACUCCUCUUCUGCUUCAUGAUCAUAAUGAGUUUCUAAACCAAGCCGAGUACUUGAGAGGAAUUGAUGUGUAUGAGUCUAUAAUUAAAGCUUAUACAUCAUAUAUCCCACCUGGAAGAGAUGCAGUUUCAAGGGACGAGUUGUAAGGGACCAGCAAAGCACAUCUUCAUGCUCAAGGGAUAGUUUCUCUCUCUGCCUCGUUGUACCAUAAGAGGAGUGAACGUUUGGGUAUCUCCUAAUAAUGUAUCAAACUCCUAUUUAUGCUGAAGAUAGCUGGUUCAUCAUGUAACUUCCUGGAUGAUGUUAACAAUAAGUCUACGAUGGAAUGACCCAUUUAAUGGAUAGUUCAACGAUUA